CUGGAUGCGCAAAUCGCCGACAGCGGUGUCAGUAGAUUCGCGACACCGCUCACAGACACAUUUCACUCUCGUACAAAUUUAAAGCGUCGAGGUGUGUUCAUUAGCCAGUUCUGCCGUGUGAUAUUCUCUUCUGGGACUGGUCGCUGCCUCUCCGUCAAGUUUCACUCUUAACAGUGUCAGCUCUUAAUGCUCGCGCUGGAUCGAUCAGACUCCUGACCAGAGAGGCCAGCUCGAGAACCGCAGCCCAACGAAACAGCCACCAUGACGUUCAACGGCACCUGGAAGACCGUCCGCAGUGAGAACAUGGACAAGUUCCUGGAUAAAAUGGGCAUCAACAUUGUGAUGAGGAAGCUAGCAGAACACGACAACCUGGAAAUCACCAUUGAACAGACCGGAGAUAAGUUCAAGGUGAAGGAAUCCAGCACCUUCCGCACGAAAGUGAACGAGUUCACCCUGGGGGUCCCGUACGACUACACCCUGGCGGACGGAAACGAAGUGACUGGUGUAUGGAUCAUGGAAGGGGAAAUGAUGAAAGGGACGUUUUCCAGGAAGGACGACGGAAAGGAAAUUGCUUUCACCAGGGAAAUAGUCGAUGGUGAAUUAGUACAGAGUUUCAGCUACGAUGGGGUGGACGCAAAGAAGAUUUUCAAGAAGGUCUAGGAAGAAGAGUCCCUCUCCCGGUCCAGUCACAAGGCGGAAAAUGACCUAACUUUGGAGAUGAAAUUACAGUGCAGAGGUGCUGACAGUCCAGCCGUCCUUCACAUGGUCUGCUGACUGGCUUCAAGGUGAAAAACCCUCAUCUUCCGCACAUUGUGCUGUAUUUUGCUGGAUUUCCACUUUUUAAAAAAAAUUUCUGAUCUAGCUGAAAUAAGUAAAUAAACUAUCUUUUGGUUUAUUCGUA